CGGAGUUCUGAGCUGGCUUAAAAGGCACCACUGACAUGGCUAACAGAACAAACUCCUCUGAGUAUUUCUGGUCUUACGAAUAUUACUGGGAUUACAUAGAUCCAAUCUCGGUGGAUGGAAGCAAGUUGAAGGUUAAUAAGUACUCCAUCGUCAUUGCCUUUUGGGUCGGCCUGGCUGCCUUUGUGACCUUUCUUUUCCUUAUUUUACUGUGUAUGUCCUGCUCUGGAUCAACGCCAGCAAAGAAUUUAGCACGGCCUUGAGUGAGUAACUUUGUGUUAAUUAGUGGAAUUCCUCUGGAAUUUAUGGUUCCAUUCAUUACUUCUUACCUUCACUAUCUGGGUUUAUCUAUCAGCAGGCCCACAGUUUGUUUCUAAAGAACUUCUUCUCAUUCUUUCAGCGCGGACACGAACGGGAGCGCAAGGUCUGGCAGGAGCUCAUUAGGCAGUGACUGCACGCGCGCUAAUUAACGGGCCCGAGAGCGCCCAGAGCAGCUCCCGGGACGGAGCGCUUGCCACCGGAAUGUGCUGGAAUCCUGUGCGAUCCCAGCGGUUUGAAGUUUGGGAAUGCUGUGGGACAUGUUCAAGGUGUCAGUAAUGUUUUUGAAAGAAAGCCCCCAAGGAGUGGUGGAAGGAAACAAUAAAUAAUAUUGCCUACCUACUGUCAGUGGCUUUGUCUUUUGUAAUGUUGGCCGCUUCCAAGGAGGUAAAUUAACUUCCCGCGGAGCUUUUGCUGCUGUUGUUGCUCAUGUACUGGAAUUCAGCAGAGUCUUUGUCACUUUACACAUCAGGAAACACAAGUUCAGCAGAAUUUCGGAUCUUCUAAUCUCUACAUUCGGCUGUGGACUCGGCUAGGGUCGGUUCGGCUGUGCUCGUCCAGGUUCGUCCAGGUUCGGCUGGGUUCGAUCGGUUCGCCUGAGCUGAGUUCGGUACGCCUGGAAUUGCCCCGGUUCGGCUCAUCUGGGCUGGAUUCGGCAGAAGUGGGUUGGGCUCGGCUGACCUCGGUGCCGCUCGCCAGAACUCGGUACCAUUGGGCCGGUUCGGCUGAGCUCGGGCCGAGGCGCCGGGCGGGCGGGGCCGCCCCGUUAAACGCUCGGUGUUCUCCUGCUGCCGGUGCGGCCGUGCACGGACACGGGCGGGAGCGCGGGGCCGCGCAGGAGCUCAGGGCAGUGACUGCGCUCGGCCCAGCUCGGUUUGGUUCGCCUCAGCUCAGCUAGGCGUGGCUCACGGAUUUCCUGACGGCUAUUACCUGCUAGUAAUUCUACAUGACACAAAAUGUACCCUCUAAAGGGCUUGGGGUUUUUUAAAGGAAUAUAAUUGUUAUCCCAAUCUUGGUACAGAGCCGAUGGCUCCUUUAGGACAAGAAUAUUUACAUGCAGAAGCAAUUCCCUCACUUGCAUCUCAUUUUUAUUUACCCCACUCCCAAAAUUCAAUACGUAUCACAAGGAAUGUGCAGUUCUGUUUUUUCCCUGUGCAGUAUUUGUACAGAGGACCUGGGCACAGCACGCAGUUGUGAGUCAAUUGAAUAAAUUCUGGUUUACAUUUCAAAGGUUCUCGUUCUGGCACUGUGUGUUUGUGGAUCUGGACUGGCAUGCUCAGCUACCCUCACGGCCACAUUCAAGUACAAUUUAUCAGAUUUCACAGACAAUUCCCGUAAAACUCUGGUAUAAUCAAUGAGCAGAAAAUGCUCUGGGGUUUAGUUCCGUCUCUCACCCGUUCCAAGGGGAGGGAAGAUGGGCUUUUGUCGCACAUCACAGCAGCAGUGAUGGAUCAGAGCAUUUUUUUAAAUUAAAAAAGUGUAAUAAAAAUAAACCAGGUCUGAUAGAAAUGUCUUUAAACGCCAUGAGAUCUUUUUAAACCCAAGAAGACCAUCACGAUUCCCAAGCUCAGUCUUCUAUUCCUACUGGUUUUAGUAUCGUGAAAUCAACCAGGUCCUUCAAGAAAUAUUAAAUGAUCACGACUCAACCUCUGCAGUACCGGUCUGUGUCCGCAGGGCGGCAGCGCCGGGGCCCAGCCCGGGGCUGACACAGCAGCAACAGGCAGAGAGCGGAGGCGAAAAAGAACAAAAAUCCUCUAAAAUAAACGUCCCGAAAGACCCCAACCACAACUACAGGAACCCUGCCACUAACCAAAUUCAAACCAAAAAACCCCUCUGUUUUAAGCUAUAUUCCAUUAUUUCUUUACAUUUAUUGUUUUUAUAUUUAUCAUAACAAUUUAUACUUUCUAUUAAUAUCUAUGUGUAUUAAAUAUAGAAUAUAAUAAUAUAUGCAUUAUUAUAAAUAGUCUUUAUUUAUAUUCUUGAUUCUAUUUUUUAUAUUUUUAUUAUUUUUAUAGUUUUUUAAAAUUUGGGUUUAUUUGUUUAUAUUUUAAACUAUAUUCAUUAACCUAAGACAUCAGAACCACAAUUAAUCAGAAUUAAAUUAGCUUGGUUUUCUAAGGGGGAAAGAAUUUAUUUUUAUGAAAAUAAUAUUGGUAUAUUUUCCCUUUCUGUGUUGUGGGGAUUUGUUUGUGGGGUUUUUUUGUUGUUGUUGUUCUUUUGCUUUUGGUUUUUUUUUUCCUUUGUUUUUGAUUUCAUUGUUACUAAACAAUGAGGUUUGGAGAGUUACAAAAUUCUCGCCCCUCACCCAGGAUGGGCGCUCUGCCAUGGAUUUAAUCCAUCUGCACCUGAAAGAGAGUUAGGACAAAAGUCAGAGGGCUGCAGGAUAACUUCAAAGCUCCAGGCAUCUCGUGCCCAUCUAGAAAUACCCUCUACACUCCCACUACACCCUACACUGCAAAUUUCAAGUCCCCGGGACAUGCCCUAUUACCCCUACACCCAGGCUACGCAGCAGGGCAGAGCAGCGCAGGGCCAAACGCACACCAACACCCGUGACACAGGACACCACAAACGAGAGGGAUGAAACAGGGAGAGAAAAGGCUCAGCAAGAAGAAGGACCCUGAGGGUCCAAAUAAAUACCGCUAUUUAUUAAAUUUUUCUCACCCCCAAAGGCGGCACAAGAUGAAUCAGUAGUCC